GAAAAUGAAUCGAGUAGUAAUUUCCGCUUCCACACUAGGUUGGGUUAGCAGUUUCCGUUUUACGUUCCUUUUCGCUUCUGACUUGGAAUCAUGGCAGUGGGCAAGAAUAAGGGUCUUUCGAAAGGCGGCAAAAAGGGAGUUAAGAAGAAGAUUGUUGAUCCUUUCACUCGCAAAGACUGGUAUGAUGUCAAGGCUCCGUCUAUGUUUGCCAAUCGGCAAGUUGGAAAAACCCUCGUCAAUAGGACUCAGGGAACAAAGAUUGCAUCUGAGGGAUUAAAGUUCCGAGUGUUUGAAGUAUCCCUGGCUGAUUUACAAAGUGAUCAAGAUGCAGAGAGAUCGUUCCGAAAAUUUAGAUUGAUUGCUGAGGAUGUCCAAGGCCGUAAUGUAUUGACCAAUUUUCAUGGAAUGGACUUGACAACGGAUAAGCUUCGAUCAAUGGUGAAAAAAUGGCAGACUCUGAUUGAAGCUAAUGUAGAUGUGAAAACUACAGACGGUUAUCUGCUCAGAGUUUUCUGCAUUGGUUUCACAAACAAAGAUCAGCUAAGCACGAGGAAGACGUGUUAUGCUCAACAUGCGCAGGUUAAAAAAAUCAGACAGAAAAUGGUUGAAACUAUUACGGAAGAUGUUACUAAGACCGAUUUAAAAGGCGUGGUUAGCAAAUUACUUCCAGAUGCUACAGCUAAAGACAUAGAGAAAGCUUCGCAGGGUAUUUAUCCUCUGCAUGACGUUUACAUUCGUAAAGUGAAAGUAUUGAAGAAACCGCGCUUCGAACUCAGCAAGUUGUUAGAAUUGCACGGAGAUGGAGGUGGUAACAAGAGUGAAGAAACUGGUGAUAGUGGUUCUAAGGUUGAUAGACCAGAAGGCUAUGAACCACCAGUACAAGAAUCUGUUUAAAGAUGAGUGUACAAUCUUUCAUAAAAAUAAAAACCACAUUUCAUAUGAUGUAAAUAA